AUGGCUGGCUACGUGCACUAUUAUGGGAAGCUGAAGAACCAUGAGGGCAUGCUCCGAGAUUGGGCACGGAACGAGGCCUACGAGAAGGCAUUGGCACGGGCGGCCUUAAAAGGGAAAACAGUGCUGGACAUCGGCACAGGCUCUGGACUUCUUGCACUUUUGGCUGCCAAGCAUGGCGCCCAAAAAGUCUUCGCCGUGGAAGGGUCGCCGGAGAUUGCGCGCGUGGCCUCGCGGCUCGUGCGAGCCAACGGCUUUGCGGGGACUGUGGAGGUGAUCCCAAAGCACCUAGAGGAGCUCACGGUCGAGGAUCUCGGAGAUGGGGUAGAUGUCAUCGUGUCCGAGCUUUUCUCUCACUUUUUAGUGGGAGAACUGGGCCUUCAGGCGGUGACCUAUGCCGCCAGCCGCUUCUUGAAGCCUGGGGGCUUGAUCCUGCCGGCAGCAGCUUGGCUGAAGCUCUCGCCCUUCGAGGAUCCCACUCUGGGUGCCGAGCUUCGUGCAAGGCAUGGCUUCUGGCAGAAUGAUGAUUUCAUGGGCCUCGACCUCACUUCAGCCGUUCCGUUGGCAAUCGAGCAACAGAUGAAGGAGCUUGUCCUGGACAUCGUGGAUCCUGACCAGCUUCUGGUUGCCCCGGUCGAAUCCCCAGGGCAUUUCCUGGACCUUGCCGGGGCGAAGGAUGUAGAGGACUGGCGCAAGAUCGACUUCGAGCUAAAGUUUCCCCCACGAUCUAAGGAUGCACUGAUCGAUGGCCUUUGCGGCUGGUGGGAUGCAGCUUUCUGUGGCGACGGCAUGGGCGAAGAGCCUCCCGUGUUAUCAACUUCUCCUGCUGCUCCCCUGACUGUCUGGGCUCAUUGCCGCUUCAUGCUCAGUCGGCCAUUGCGAGCAGCUACAAGGGACAAGCUGCGUGUCCAAGGCCAACUUCGAUCACACAAGCUGAGGGAAUCCUACACUUUGACCAUGGAGCUCUGCAACGACAGCACUCGAGAGAGAGCCUCUGUCGGCCCAGUGGAGCUCAGCGACGUCUAUGCCAGGCACUUUGCUAGGCCAAACCCCUUCCCGGAAAAGAAACAGGCAUCCUCGCCGUAG